AUGUUGUCUGGCUAUAUAGCCACUGCUGUGGCGGCUCUGUUGCUCCAGACCCAGCUAUCCACGGCCCAAAGCUGUUCGAAUCGCGUAAUCGAUAAUUUCUCCAACUGGUCUUCCAACACGAAUUCAUUGAACGAAUGGACGAGCGAUGAUGGAUCCAUGACAUCCAUCUCCGCCAGCGGUGGCACUUUGACGUUCAAACCAAAGUCCGGCUCAUAUUUCUAUGAGACCUUCGCAUGCCAGACAGCCUCUACUAAUGGACACCAAGCCAUUUCAUUCUCGAUCAAAGGGCCCGCAGGUGGAUCACUCGCCCUUGAGGUUCAAUCUAAGACCUCUUGCUCCGCCAGCUCAUAUAACAGCGCAUACUCGUUCGUUAGCGGACUUACCGGUUCAACCCAGACUGUCACUGUUCCUUUAAGUUCCUUCUCCGGUGCGAACGCCAAUGCCAUCACGGCUUUCGUCUGGUCCGGUUUCUCGGACACAACCACAAAUUGGCAGCUCGGAAACAUUCAAUUCGUUUGCGCUGCCGGUGGAGGACAAUCAUCUGAUACUGUCAUCCCGCCAACCUCCACAAAACAGCCAAGCUCAACGUUGGUUACAUCAUCCACUCCCUCGCCAACAGGACAGUGCAAGAAUCUGUUGAUCGAUGAUUGGACCUCCCAGUCACGACUGACCUUCUUGUACUAUAAUGCGAUGAUUGAGCCGACUAGUGACGAUGGAACGAUGCAGUCUAUUGUCGUUGCCAACAAUCGCGUAACCCUGACACCCCAGAAUACGGACUCCUAUUUCUACAGCAAGACCGGCUGCACCAACACUCAGAAUGUGUAUGGCGGAAUCUCGCUUCGUAUCAAGGCUGCUUCUGGCACCACCUUCGGGAUCGAACUCUCGUCUCCCUCCACUUGCGGUGGUGAGGACGCCCAGUUCGCUUAUCAGACCACCCAACAGCUUGGCUGGACCUUCGAUGGUACGGAGAAGCUGUACACGAUCCCGUUCUCCCAAUUCUCGGGCUUGGACCUAACGAAGGUCUCCACCAUCUUCUUUGGAUCGGUGAACAAGGCCGUCACUUUCGGACCUAUGUCCUUCUACUGCGGCAGCACUGGGUCGGAAUAUGUCCCUCCUACCACAAGCAACCCCGGUGGCCCUACCGCGACCGUCCCUGCGCCAUCGGGAACUGCCGCAGCCCUUGUCAUCGACGAGUUCUCCAACUCCGGCAGCAACGCCCUUGGAUUCUGGCAUGGGGGGGAUGAGGGAAUGACUUUGAAUUGGGGCACCAAGCAGCUCCAGAUCACCUCCACCGAUGCGGACUACUCAUUCUAUACCCAGAUUUCUGCUUCGUGCAGGGAUCUGUCCGACUACAGUGGCUCGUACCUUCACGUCAAGUACAGCGGCUCCACCAAGUUCACCGUCUCGCUGCAGCAACAUAACUCUCAGUGCAGCGAAGCGAUUGCCCCGUACCCCGAAACGUGGGACUCGCUCGAGGCGGCCCGGUAUGCAAGCAACGGCGACAUCUAUAUUCCCAUGUCGCACUUCAACAUCAACCUGAGUCGUGUCAUAGGCGUUUCAUUGAAGGCAUGGUAUACCACUGAGCCCACCACUUUCUCCAAAGUCGAGAUCGUCCCCUCUGUGCCUGCCGGCUUUACCAUCCCCAGCAAGCUGGCAUCGGGCAACCUCGUCUUCGCCUGCAAGCGCCCCAACUCAUUUGCCUUUGCCAUCGAUGACGGCUCACCUGAGUACGCCCAGGAAGUCAUGAACGUCAUUAAGGAAGAGGGCAUCAAGGUGACGUUCUUUACCGUUGGUGCUCCGCUCCGAGACGCGUCCACCAACCUCAGCAACGUCUACAACGAAAUGAUGUCCCAAGGCCACCAGAUCGCGCUGCAUAGCUACACCCACCCGAAGAUGGAAGGUCUUCCCGACAACAACGCCAUCGACUGGGAAUACAACGAGGAUAUCGCCGCCGUCGCCGAGCAGCUCAACGGGCUGGACACCCCGUACUUCCGCCCGCCAUUUGGCAACGAGGGUGCCCGCAUGCGCCAGCGGCUCGCCGUGGCCACGGGAAGCGAUAGCCCGUACAUUGUCAACUGGAGCGUCGACGUCGAGGACUGGUUGUGGGCGGAGACGUCGACGCCGGAGAAGCAGCUCGAUGCGUUCAACCGGGACGUGGCCAAGGGGGGGAACUUGGUCGUCUUGCAUUAUCUGUACCCGAGCACCGUGGGAUAUCUGAGGCAGUUUAUUCAGAUUGCGAAGGCGACGGGCAAGCAGUUGAUGCGUGUGGAUCAGUGUAUGGAGGAUCCGAAUGCGCCGGCGUUGUAA